GGGAGAGACUGACGGGGGGAGAGACUGACGGUGGGGUGGGGGGGCGAGUGACAGCACAUGGCGAUGGUCAGGUGGCUUUUCCUGGGUGUUUUGCUGGAGUUGCUGACGUUGUUUUCCUCUCCUGGUGACCUGAGUCGGAUUUCCAUCUACAACAUGAAAUUUAUCAACGAGAUACUUGACACUCACAACAGGUAUCGCUCGGAUGUCCAGCCCAGGGCCUCGGACAUGUUGUUCCUGAGCUGGGAUGACGGUCUCGCUAAAACCGCAAGAGCUUGGAGCAGGAUCUGUAAAUUUUCCCACAAUCCAGACAUGUCGAAGUUUGGAAAGGGCCAUCCAGAGUUUGAUUUUAUUGGAGAAAACAUGUACGUUUCUCCAGUAGACGCCUUCACUGUCAGAAACUCUCUGAAUGUGUGGCACCAAGAAAUGAAUAAUUUCAACUACCACACAAACAAAUGCGACGGUUCGUGCGACAAUUACACCCAGAUGAUUUGGGCAUCAAGUUAUAAGAUUGGCUGCGCGCUUCAUUUUUGUGGUCGAGGAAUUCAAGACUUCAAUCGGAACCCUGGAACUAUCUUUAUCUGUAACUAUGGACCACCUGGAAAUGAUAGGAUAUCAAAACCAUAUAAUAUAGGAGUACCAUGUUUUGGAUGCCCCGAAGAAACUUGUACAAACAGGCUGUGCAGUAAGGCGAAACGUGAGUUUAUCAAAAGGUACCACAAAUGGAGCCCAAAGUAUUCUUUGGCCUCCAUUUUCUUUUGCAACCAACCACUGCUACUUACUUCUAUUAUUGCAGCCUAUAUUCUACAGUAAAACUACCCAAACACAAUAUGUAGGAUAGAUCUUUGAAACAUUUCUCUUCCAGUUUAUUUCUCUGUUACAUUAAACAUUCUUCUGUACUGUUUUGUGAUCAUAACGCAGCAAUGCAUUUGAUGCUUUAGUUUCUCAUCGUCAGUAGCUUGAACACCUUGCUUUUAAAAGGUAGCCUUCCUAACAUUGUCCCAGCAUUAUUACAGCAUUAAAAUGGAUAAAUAGACACGGCUUCCAAUCCUAGAAUGGUGUAAAAAAACAUCUGCUGUAAGCGUGAAUACACUUUGUUCCCUCCAUAUUGCCCACAAAAUUAACAGUCAUUGACUUUACAUUAUAUACUGGGAAGCGCUGUGAGAUGUCUCGAAGACGUGAUAAGGAACUAUAUCAAAUGCAAGGAUUAUUAUUUACCCCAAAUUAAAAGUUACCUUUAAUGGUGAUUGCUUAUUCUUGAUAUUCUUAAACAUUUCAUACAUUCUACCAUGAUAUCUUCUGGUUUGGAAUUUUUACAGGUUGUGCAUCAUGGACCAUGUUUGUUGUUUGAAAUUAGAUAGGAUUCAAGUUAUGAUUCAGUAUUCUGUUUAUUAUACACUGUUGAUCUGGACCUCUGUAAUUCAGUUAUGUACUGUCAUUGUACUGCAGAGCAUUAUAUACCAUUGUUAAUAAAACCUUGUUAAUAGAAA